CUGUAUUCUGUCCUUGAAUCUUUUUAUUUCAGCUGUCCAGUCCUCAAGCAUCACCAGCUCGAAAAACUCGCGAAACCGAUUCCGGACGAGAGAAAGGAUGAUGCCUACUAUGAAAGACGCCGACGGAAUAACGACGCAGCGAAACGGUCCAGGGAUGCCAGACGUAUGAAGGAAGAGCUGAUCGCCGAACGAGCUACGCGGCUUGAACGAGAAAACGGCCAGUUGCGUGGGCAGGUAGCCCUCCUUAAAGCGGAAACGGCCCGUCUACAACUACUAUUGUUUUCACGACAACACUUAUCAGCGGUGACUGUCCACCAAAUCCGACAGCAAAAGUGA